UAAAAAUCUGUAUUUGAGGGAAGUUUGAGUGCUACAUAUAUAGAUUUGCAUGAUUAUAUAUAUGAUACAUUGAUAUCCCAUCAAGUAUGGAUUCAAGUAAGCCAUAAAUACGAAUUGAAAUGAAUUUCUUAUCAGAGAUGGUCUAACUAUUUUUUUUCAAGAUUUUAUAUCAUUAUUACUCAAUCUACAUCUUGAUGGAUGAUGAUUAAUCAAUCAUGUAGGGAUAUCCAAUUUCCACAAAUCGCAAAUCUCAUAUUCCUAUGUGGCAUAAGGACAAGAAUUCAAGUGUAACAAAAUCAACCUCUUCCGUUGUCCAUUAUCCCUACCUAGGAAAAUCCUUCCAUUUUAGAACUCCAAUUUCGAUGGACUUCAAUGUUUUUUUCUAUAAAGUCCUAAUGCCGCACAACUGUUACGCUUUGCACUUGUGAUUUAGUUACUGUGUGAGAGGCUUUAAAGAGUUUUUGGCCUUUGCCAAGAACGCUUCAAAUUAUCACAAUUUGGUGCUGCUGUCAGAAAAUUUUCUCUGCCAAAUAUUACCCUUGCAUUAUGGACUCAGGUUCACCGUACCAAUGGAUAAGGGAGCCGAGAUUGGAAGACAGCAACACCUCAAAUCCAUUUGAUCUUCUUUACGAUUGUGCCAAAUUUGUUGCAUCAGGAAGCAUAAAAAAUGCAGACAUAGCACUUGAAAACAUCUCUCACCAGUUGUCUCCGGACGGCGCAGCAGCGCAGCGAACGGUGACUUAUUUCAGCGAAGCUCUGGCUUCCAAGAUAGUCAAGAAUCUUCCAGGAGUAGACAAAGCUCUAAACUCCUCAAAGAGAUUAACUGCUCCUGAAGAAAUCCUUGUCCAGAACUACUUCUAUGAGUUGUUUCCAUUUCUGAAAUGUGCUUACUUGACUGCAAAUCAAGUCAUAGUUAAAGCAAUGGAAGGCGAAAAAAUUGUUCAUAUAAUUGAUCUGCAUUGUGCAGAGCCGGUUCAAUGGAUUAACCUCUUGAUGACAUUGAAUGAGCGUCCUGAAGGACCUCCUCAUUUGAGGAUCACAAGCAUUCAUGAUAAGAAAGAGGUUUUAGAUCAGAUGAAUGCUAGUUUGACAAGAGAAGCAGAGAAAUUGGAUUUUCCUUUGCAGUUCAAUCCUAUAGUUAGCACUUUAGAAGAUCUUGACAUUGAUAGUUUGCCGGUUCGCACAGGCGAGGCGCUUGCAAUUUGUUCUGUCUUGCAGCUGCAUCGCCUUCUAGCCACAGAUGAUGAAGCUCUAGGGAGGAAUUCCCCGGCUGCAACGAUGAAUCUGCAUAGAGCAGUGCAUAUGAACCGAAGAACUUUCGCAGAGUGGCUCGAAAGAGAUAUGAUGAAUUCAUAUAUUUCAAGUCCUAUCUCUGCUUUGUCACCUCCUCCUCUGUAUCCUUCACCUAAGAUGGAAGCAUUUUUAAGAGAUCUUCGCAAACUGCAGCCGAAAUUAAUGGUGAUAACUGAGCAAGAGACUAAUCUUAAUGGAUGCAGUCUUGUGGAGAGAGUUGAGAAAGCUUUAUACUUCUACAGUGCCUUGUUUGAUUGCUUGGAUUCGACCGUGCGAAGAACUUCCUUGGAGAGGAAGAAAGUUGAGAGUUUGCUGCUUGGAGAGCAGAUAAAGAACAUCAUUGCAUCUGAGGGGUUUGAGAGAAAGGAGAGGUAUGAGAAGCUUGAGAAUUGGAUUCGGCGGCUCGAUCUGGCCGGUUUUGUGAGGCUGCCUUUGAGAGACAAUGAUAAGUUGCAUGCUAAGGAGGUUUUGCACAACUAUGGACACAAAUAUAUGAUUAGAGAAGGCCAUGGUUGCUUACUUGUUUGUUGGGGUGAUAGACCCCUUUUCUCCAUUUCAGCAUGGAGUUUUAGAGGAUUAAAUCUUUCUUUAUAAGAUGGAAUCAAUACCAUAUCUCCCUAUAUAUGUAUAUCAUUGUUCAUUUGUUAUUUAUUCCAACUAUUUAUUACUCUUCUUAUUAUUAGAAUGCUUGUAACUGUAAAUGGAUGUGCGAUAGUUUAGUGCAGCACCUAAAAUUUCUCAUGC